AUGUCGCCCCCACCACCGCACGCGCUCCUCUUCCUCCUGCUCCUCCUGCUGCUCGCCUCGCCGCUGCCGCACCCGGCCGCCGCGGACGACCGCCCCAUCGUGCAGCAGUUCUACUACUACUCCCCUCCGCCGCCGUCCACUCCUCCCGGCGGUGGUGGCUACGGCGCCUACCCGCCCCCGGCGACGACGACGACCGGGCCGCCGCCGGGGAGGGGGGACAACAACAGCGCGCCGCCGGGGGCGCGCGGCCAGUACGCGUUCCUGUCCGGCUCCGAGGCGCCCCGACGAGUAGCGCCGGCGCUCCGGCUGCCGCAGCUUGUCGUCUGCGCCGUGGCCGCCGCGCUGGCUCUUGCAUGGCGUUAG